CGGACCAAGAAAACACAAGGCCUGUCAUUGUUGCUCUUUUUUUUUUUUUUUUCUUGCGUAGAGAUCUCAUUCAGAUGGUGAUUCAGCAUUUUUCUUCAAGGUUGUCACACGUCACGUACACGCGCACGUAACCUUUCUCAAAUUCAAAAGAAAAGGAAUACUUAAUUAUCGGAGCCGAGUACAUGAACGGUCGCUGUAAGUAAUGCUUCUGUGGAAAUGUGGUUUGGAUUGACACCGUCCCCCUGAUGCAUCCUCUUAUUGUAUUGUCUUUGUUUACGGUCAUCUAAAAACUCUUCAGGUACUUGACAAAUAUGUUGAAUUUUUCAUGUUUUUACCACGUGGCACUAGUUCCAGUUGAAUGUCGUUUUGUAAAAAUGGUCACGUUGUCCCCGUUUACAGGUGUAGUUUGAAGGUAAACAUGAUGCCACCUUAAGCAGACUCCACCUUCAGUCGUCUUAGCUGUAUAAAGAAGGUAGAAUCUGUUUCUCCCUCUCACUUUCUCCCUCACUAAAAGUCUUACGCAGGACUUAGAGCCAACGAGAUCCGAUAUCGCCUUCAUCUCAGGAGGGUUGAGCCUGCGGACACAGAGGGCCUUCUAUCCCUGGAAGAGAGUCUUGUUCAGUCCCUUCUUCAUCCCCCAGAUCUCACUAUGUACUCUGCAGGCUUGGAGAUCCUUGGGAUGAUCCUGGCCGUGGCCGGCUGGCUGGGGGUGAUGGUGACCUGCGGCCUGCCCAUGUGGCGGGUGGCCGCCUUCAUCGGUCAGAACAUUGUCAUCUCCCAGGUGAUCUGGGAAGGUUUGUGGAUGAACUGUUCGGUGCAGAGCACGGGCCAGAUGCACUGCAAGGUGCACGACUCCAUGCUGGGACUGCCAGUGGACCUGCAAGCGGCCCGUGCCUUAGUCAUUGUCUCCAUGGUACUGUGCAUUGUUGGCAUCGGUCUGUCAGUGGCCGGUGCCAAGUGCACCAACUGUAGCCGAGACGUGAGCAGUAAACCGCGGCUUGUGGUGGCUGCUGGAGUAACGUUUCUUUUGGCAGGACUGCUGCUGCUGGUGGCCGUGUCCUGGACAGCGCACGCCAUCGUCCUAGGCUUUUAUGACCCGAUGCUGGAGGAGACGGGGAAGAGGGAGUUUGGUAAUGCUCUGUAUUUUGGAUGGGCUUCCUCCUGCCUGCUCAUCCUAGGGGGGGCCCUACUCUGUUGCUCUUGCCCACCUGCAGCAGCUACAGCGCCGAGUGGUGGCGGCUCCGUGCCUCCCCGGGUGAACUACUCACCUGUCAAGACCAUGUCGGUCAAUGGAUACACCAGAAGAGACUACGUAUGAGCAUGUGACACGGGCACGCGUGAAGUUACGAUGACCAGUGUUAGCGAAUCUGUGCUCAGUAGAUGGAUUUUUGGUGGACUGGAUGUUGAUGCAGCAUCUUGUGCUUGGACAUUAAAUGUGAAUCACUGACGCAUGUCUCAUGUUUUUGUAACGGCAGUUUUUCUGUAG